AUGGAAGAGAGGAAGUACCGUACACCAGAGAAAACAAAUGUUAGGAGACUAACGAAGUGCAGAGGGUGCAGAAAGUGCCCGGGUGUUUUGGAAAGUGCCCGGGUGUUUUGGAAAGUGCCCGGGUGUUUGGAAAGUGCCCGGGUGUUUUGGAAAGUGCCCGGGUGUUUUGGAAAGUGCCCGGGUGUUUUGGAAAGUGCCCGGGUGUUUUGGAAAGUGCCCGGGUGUUUUGGAAAGUGCCCGAGUGAUUGGAAAGUGCCCGAGUGUUUGGAAAGUGCCCGAGUGUUUGGAAAGUGCCCGAGUGUUUGGAAAGUGCCCGAGUGUUUGGAAAGUGCCCGAGUGUUUGGAAAGUGCCCGAGUGUUUGGAAAGUGCCCGAGUGUUUGGAAAGUGCCCGAGUGUUUGGAAAGUGCCCGAGUGUUUGGAAAGUGCCAGAGUGUUUGGAAAGUGCCCGGGUGUUUUGGAAAGUGCCCGGGUAUUUGGAAAAUGCCCGGGUGUUUUGGAAAGUGCCCGGGUGUUUUGGAAAGUGCCCGAGUGUUUGGAAAGUGCCCGAGUGUUUGGAAAGUGCCCGAGUGUUUGGAAAGUGCCCGGGUGGUUUGGAAAGUGCCCGAGUGUUUGGAAAGUGCCCGAGUGUUUGGAAAGUGCCCGAGUGUUUGGAAAGUGCCCGAGUGUUUGGAAAGUGCCCGAGUGUUUGGAAAGUGCCCGGGUGUUUUGGAAAGUGCCCGGGUGUUUUGGAAAGUGCCCGGGUGUUUUGGAAAGUGCCCUGGUGUUUGGAAAGUGCCCUGGUGUUUGGAAAGUGCCCUGGUGUUUUGGAAAGUGCACUGGUGUUUUGGAAAGUGCCCUGGUGUUUUGGAAAGUGCCCUGGUGUUUUGGAAAGUGCCCUGGUGUUUUGGAAAGUGCCCUGGUGUUUUGGAAAGUGCCCUGGUGUUUUGGAAAGUGCCCUGGUGUUUUGGAAAGUGCCCUGGUGUUUUGGAAAGUGCCCUGGUGUUUUGGAAAGUGCCCGGGUGUUUUGGAAAGUGCCCGGGUGUUUUGGAAAGUGCCCGGGUGUUUUGGAAAGUGCCCGGGUGUUUUGGAAAGUGCCCGGGUGUUUUGGAAAGUGCCCGGGUGUUUUGGAAAGUGCCCGGGUGUUUUGGAAAGUGCCCGGGUGUUUUGGAAAGUGCCCGGGUGUUUUGGAAAGUGCCGGGUGUUUUGGAAAGUGCCCGGGUGUUUUGGAAAGUGCCCGGGUGUUUUGGAAAGUGCCCGGGUGUUUUGGAAAGUGCCCGGGUGUUUUGGAAAGUGCCCGGGUGUUUUGGAAAGUGACCUGGUGUUUUGGAAAGUGA